GUACUUAAACUAUGCUGCCUUUGGGAAACAGACCAUAAUUCUAAGGUGAUUCGUAUGGUAAUUUCUAUGAUAUAAUUGGGCUUAUAAUGCUUUGGGGAAACAAUGCCAACACAGACUGGAGUGACAAUGAGGCAUAUAUUUUCUUGGUUUUGUUUGCAUGCUAGGGUAUGGCAACUGCCAUACGCAAACGCCCCUGCACCAUCAUAUAGAUGACCUUAAAGCUAAUAGAUAUGGACUAAAAACAGCAAAACUUCCAUUCUGAUUUCACGGGGUCUUUAAAUGAAAGUGCCGCUUUUGGUUGUUUUACUGCAACUCAUCCGACAGGUGGCAGCAAUGGGCUGAAUUACAGUAAAGCAGUUUGACAGUAGCUCAGGAUUUUACAUCAACAGCAUAUAGACGAGAUCCACUAACAUAUGACUAUUUACAAUAGAACAAAAUAUGAUUCUUUCGUUUAGGAGAAGCAUUAAUAUUGACCAAACGACAUGGUUUGGUCGUGGGUAAAGUGUUUGCUUCCUGGAAGAGACAUCCGAGAGGAAACUUCUUGCUCACGGAAGUGAACCGAGUGCAUUACAGUCCGUCCCUUCACACUGUUCCCUUGAAAGCUGCCAUCAUUUGCCCGGAGAACACUCCAAAGAUCUCAGUCAGGUUGACCAUUAACCCUGGGACUGAUUACAGCUAUUUCCCCCUGACCUCACCAGCUCUGUAUGUUCACAGAUCCAGAUUCUUGAGUUCAUAACCCUCAGACGCAUCUGGUGACUCCUGUGAUCGACUGAAGAAGACACCUGCUGCAUUGUGGCUUAUAUACCCUUCAUUGGUCUUAAAUUGUGACAGACAUGGCGAAGUCUGGAUAUGGCUACUACCGAGCCACUAUAUUCCUUGCCAUGUUUGUGGGCUACACAUUGUAUUACUUCAACAGGAAGACGUUUUCUUUCGUGAUGCCCUCUGUAAUGCAGGAGAUCACCCUGGAUAAGGAUGAUCUGGGUCUUAUUACUAGUAGUCAGUCACUGGCGUAUGCCAUCAGUAAGUUCAUAAGUGGUGUGCUGUCCGAUCAGAUCAGUGCACGGUGGCUUUUCUCUAUUGGGCUGUUUAUGGUCGGUGGCAUCAAUGUGGUUUUCUCCCAGUCCUCCUCGGUGGCGGUGUUCGCAAGCCUGUGGUUUCUGAAUGGACUGGGUCAGGGUUUGGGUUGGCCACCAUGUGCAAAAGUACUACGAAAGUGGUUUGAGCCAUCUCAGUUUGGGACGUGGUGGGCAGUGCUGUCCUGCAGUAUGAAUUUGGCUGGUGGUCUAGGGCCCAUCAUUGCCACACUGAUGGCUCAGAGCUACAGCUGGAGGUCCACGCUGUCCAUCUCAGGCCUGACCUGUGUGGUCAUGUCCGUCUUCUGUCUGCUUGUUAUCCGAAAUGAGCCGAGUGAAGUUGGCUUGCCCAAUAUUGAAGCUGGCGCAAAUAAAGGCAAAGGAGGUUCCAGCAGAGAUGACAGCACAUUCAAAGAUUUCAUUCUUUCCCCAUAUCUGUGGGUCCUAUCAUUGGGCUACUUGGUGGUGUUUGGGGUGAAGACAGCUUACACUGAUUGGGGACAACUUUUCCUUAUCCAGGACAAGGGCCAGUCAACACUAAUGGGCAGUUCUUUCAUGAGUGCUCUAGAGAUUGGAGGACUGAUGGGUAGUUUAGCAGCAGGAUACCUGUCGGACAGGGCUGUGGCAAAGCAAGGAUUGCGCAUGUAUGGUAACCCUCGCCAUGGUCUCUUGCUCUCCCUGAUGGCUGGGAUGUGUGUUUCCAUGUACCUCUUCCGUACCACUGUCACAGCACAUAGCUCAAAUGUCUGGACUCUUCUGUUGGGUGCAGCCUUUGGCUUCUCCUCAUAUGGACCGAUCGCGUUAUUCGGAGUUCUUGCGAAUGAGAGCGCUCCAUCAAACUACUGCGGAACCUCUCAUGCCAUUGUUGCCUUGAUGGCAAACGUUGGUGGUUUCCUCUCAGGGUUGCCUUUUGGGACCAUUGCCAAACACUAUGGAUGGAACACAGCUUUCUGGGUAGCAGAAGUAACCUGCACAAUCACCACAGUUGGAUACUUCCUGCUUCGGAACAUCCGCACCAGGAUGGGAAGUGUACCCAAGAAAGCUGACUGAACAUAAGAGUAUUAUUUAAGUGUCUUUAACUAGUUUUUAAAAUGCAGUAUGAAUGACACAAUCUAUAAUUUGAGUUUGUAAAAUAUGGAUGGAUUCACAAUAGAAGUGAAAAGGACUUUCAUUGUUUUAACUGACAACUGCAAGUUACAUCAGCACCUUUUCCGGGACUUUUUUCUUGGCAUAUGUGCAUUCUAACCAAUUUAACUUGAUAUCUUUUUUUUAAUAGAUAUCUAGAUAUCCACUCUCCAGACAUUCCAUUUUAUCUUUACCAAUGUACAAACUAGGAUACCAUGUUGUGUACAUUGCUCUCAGAUGCACAUUUUGUUAUUUAUUCUGUUUUCAUCUUUAGAAUGGAUGGCAGUAUUUCAACUGAUCACUAAACACUUAAAUUACAUAACUGUAUAAUUAACUGUUUUGGAACACCAUUUCCUCAGCGGUAUUAACAAUAUACCUUAAAUCAGCUAGGAAAAAAAGUAUUAAAAGCUUUAACUGGUCCUA